UUUGCCGUGUCAUGCCGUCGCGGCCGCCUCCAUGGACUGCAUCGAGAGGCGGAUCCCUCCCCCUCGCAGUUUCAGAUACCUCAUUCCUCCCUUUCCCCGCACCUGUCGGGAAUCCAUGGCAGCAAGGUUCUCAUUCUUCUCUUUCGAAUCCGUGUGAAUCAUCCGCAUCCGAGACCAAAAGUAGAAGAAAAGGAGAAAAAAUAAAUCCAUUUUUUUCUCCUUUCUUCUCUUCCUUUCCCGUUCCUUUCCUGGGAUGGCUGCUUUGGGUCAUGGUCUCCUCCUUCUGUGGCUCCUUUGCUUGUGGGUUUUGACAAUGGCUGGCUUGUCCUCGUCCCAGCAGCCUUCCGUUAUCUCCAGCUUCAGACGUCCCAGGAUCUGGCUCGGUCCCUACGACUGGACGUACUUGAGAGUUGAACUACCACCUUGGUUCUCAUCAGUCGCCAUCAAUUUUGUGUCUGAUGUUGACAUUGAUAAAGCACAAGCAAAACACCUACCAAAGAGUAAUCUUCCUUUGGUAUGCUUUAGAGGUGGCAGUCCUCCUAUUCCAGAUGUAUCGGACAUGUACUUGGAUAACUCAUUGUCAAUGGCUACAUCAAAUGAAUCUUUCGGAGGUUCAUGGCUUGUUUCUGAUGCAGACCAAUGCAUUCCAUUUCAGAGAAACCUGUCAGUAACUUUGACAAAUGAUCAGAUAUCUCCAGGAAUAUGGUACUUUGGAUUUUUCAAUGGACUUGGACCUGCUCGUACACAAUCAAAAAUGAUUAACCGGGGUAAAGCAUACUUGUUCAGCAUCAGCAUCAUUGUUGAAGGCUGCUCCACCAUGGGUAUACUUGGUCCUUAUUGUAACCAGUCAGUUAACAUGAUUUCUUGUACUCAAUCUUCCAUAAACAAGUAUUCUAGGAAUCUACUGGACUCAAAAAACAUUACGGCUCAAGCUGGUGAAAAUAAGGAAACCAAUAAUAGUUCGUCAUCUGAAAUGAUGACUUUUGAAUAUAAAAAUGUAGAUACGAAUGCAAGUGUCUUCAUUACAGCAAACAAUUUUAUGACAUGCAACAACUCAAUUGAGUCUUCAUGUCUUGCUAACGGAGAUUGGAGUAUCUAUUCUAUGGACUUAGUGUCGGUAACAUCCCAGUUUGUCAUUUCUCUUACUGACUUAAGUUUCAACCAAACUCCUUCGAUGGGAAAUUCUAGUGGAAUUAUGCCAAUGUGUUAUGUUCGUUACAAUGCUAUGCCACUGAAGUCUUUGCAUGAUUAUUCUUCUGACUUAAGUGUGGCCCCUUUAAUCGUCAAGUCACCAAAAAUUGGACGGUGGUUCAUUGCUUUUCAAGCUGUUAACCAGACAGAAUCAAAUGGAGUAAUGCAUGAAACAUUUUUUGGUGGAACUCUGUGCUUCUCCUUUUUGUUACAAGUGCCCGAGUGCAAUUCUGGGAAGGCUGGGUUGAACUGCUCAUGGGAAGCGCGCACACUUCAGAGAGCUUUGAAGAAUUCAGCUGUUCCAUUCACAUCUUAUUAUCACCCAGAUGGUGAACUUGGGUCCACAGAUACUGAUUUUUCAAUUGGUCAGCUCUUAAGCAACUCUUCAGUCGAGCAGAGUGCAUGGACUUACUUCCUUUUGGAUAUUCCUACUGGUGCAGCAGGAGCUAAUAUUCACGUUCGAUUAUCAUCGGAUUCAAGAUUGAAUUAUGGGGUAUACACACAGUUUGGUAGCUUACCUUCUAUUCAUAUCUGGGACUAUUAUGCGGAUAGUACAAGCAGUACAAAUGGUUCCAUGUUUUUGACAUCAAAUGAUUCAAGUGGGAAAACUAUAGAGUUUUAUGUUUUGUCUGCAAGUGAAGGAACUUGGUGCAUUGGAAUAAUGCAUCCUCCAAGAAACGACAACAGUGAUCGAACCACUAUGUCUAUUUGGCUUGAGGGAUGCCCUAGUCACUGCAACCAUCAUGGAGCAUGUCGAAAUUCUAUUGAUGAGACCGGGUUGACAUUUUACAGCUACUGUGACUGUGAUCGUGAUCAUGGAGGUUUUGAUUGCAGCCAUGAACUUGUUUCGCAUCAAGGGCAUAUUUGGCAAACAAUAUUUCUUGUUGCUUCUAAUGGAGCAGCUAUCUUACCUGCAUAUUGGGCACUGAGACAAAAAGCAUUUGCUGAAUGGGUGAUCUAUACUGCUAGUGGAAUUUCGAGCGGUUUGUAUCAUGCAUGCGACAGAGGCACUUGGUGUGUACUAUCAUUUCAUGCAUUACAGUUUCUGGACUUCUGGCUUUCUUUUAUGGCUGUGGUGAGCACUUUCGUAUACAUGACAACUAUCGAUGAUUCUUCAAAACGAGCUAUCCACACAAGUGUAUCAAUUUUCACCGCCCUGUUGGCCGAGACUGGUGCGACAAGAUCAGAGAAUAUCGCUAUAGUCUUAGCGAUAGGAACUGCUGGUCUCCUCUUGGGGUGGUUUUUGGAGUUCUCCACAGUGCGCAGAGCCAUUCACUGCCCGCCUCGGUUCGACUUGAAUAUGCCUGAAAGAUGGCAAAGUAUCAAAAGCUGGUUCCAGAAUCUUAUAGGAACAUUGCGGAAAAGAUUCUAUUGGCGAUUUCUAAUCUUAGGCUUCGUUACGUUAGCCAUGGCUGCUACUUGCUGGACACUCGAAUCCAACAAGGACUACUGGAUUUGGCAUAGCCUAUGGCACAUUACGAUAUAUACGUCGUCCUUCUUCUUCAUCUACUCAACCUGCACUAUGGAAAGCAACGAGCAUCAGGAAGCCGUCUACGAGCUGACUCGACAGAACUCGUUGCCGAGGGCCGAGUCCGAGGCCCAGUGCGAUUAGCCUAGUCGGUAAAAUAGCCCGAGGAUGCUUUUGCCAAGUUACUCUUUCUUCUUCAAGUUGUGGUAGCAAUUUUUUUGUUUUUAUUUUUCCCCAUUUAUUUAAAAUAUAGAGAAAUUUGUAGCAACUGUAAAUUGAUAGUUAUCAAAUGUAACAUAGCAUCAAAAAAAUAUGAUCAAUGGCAUGGAAGAUGAUGUUGUAAUUUCAUUUUUUAUUGUAAUGUUUGUAAUAAGACGAGACAACCUUCCCGAUCGA